CCGUGUCCGCCCUGUUCUGCGGGCACGGCCGUAGCGCGGUCGGGGAGUUCCCUGCGGCUCCGCCGGCUUGGCUUUAGAAGCUGGGACGGGAGCAGCGGUAGUGAGACAGUGUGGUUGGCUGCUGAGCGCCUGGUGCCCGCGUUUCUGCUAGAACGGGGGGCAGCGCGGCACUCAUCGCUGGAGCUGCGCAUCGCCGCCGCCCGUGCUUCUCCGCGGCUCCGGAGCAUCCGGGAGUGCCGGCACUGGACGAGCCGCUGCAGGCAUCCAGGGCUGCAGGACCAGGACUAUGUCCACCAUGGUGUACCCAAGGGAGGAGAAACUGGACAAACUGAGCCAAGAGGAGAUAAUUUCUAACACCAAGCUGGUGAUGCAGGGGCUGGAGGCUCUCAAGAAUGAACACAACUCCAUCCUGCACAGCUUGCUGGAGACCAUCAAGUGUCUGAAGAAGGAUGAAGAAGCCAACCUUGUGCAUGAGAAAUCCAACCUGCUCCGCAAGUCAGUGGAGAUGAUUGAACUGGGGCUUGGAGAAGCUCAGGUGAUGAUGGCACUGUCCAACCAUCUGAAUGCGGUGGAGUCAGAGAAGCAGAAGUUGCGUGCUCAGGUACGGAGGCUGUGCCAGGAGAACCAGUGGCUGCGUGACGAGCUUGCCAACACCCAGCAGAAGCUGCAGCGCAGUGAACAAACUGUGGCUCAGCUGGAGGAGGAGAAGAAACACCUGGAGUUCAUGAACCAGCUGAAGAAGUAUGAUGAGGAUGUCUCUCCUUCGGAGGAGAAAGAAGGUGACUCCACCAAGGACUCCCUGGAUGAUCUGUUUCCAAACGAGGAAGAGGAACAUGGUCCUGGAUUGCCCCACCAGCAUAGCAGUGCAGUAGCAGCUGCCCAGCAAGGAGGCUAUGAGAUUCCUGCACGCUUGCGCACCCUCCACAACCUUGUCAUCCAGUAUGCUUCACAAGGACGCUAUGAGGUGGCUGUGCCGCUCUGCAAGCAGGCACUGGAGGACCUGGAGAAGACAUCAGGCCAUGAUCACCCUGAUGUGGCCACCAUGCUCAACAUCCUGGCGCUGGUGUACAGGGAUCAGAAUAAAUACAAGGAGGCAGCACAUCUCUUGAAUGAUGCUCUCUCCAUCCGUGAGAAGACCCUGGGUAAAGACCACCCUGCAGUGGCUGCAACUUUGAACAAUCUGGCUGUUCUCUAUGGCAAGAGAGGGAAGUACAAAGAAGCAGAGCCACUUUGUAAGCGAGCCCUGGAGAUCCGUGAGAAGGUCCUAGGCAAAGACCAUCCUGAUGUGGCCAAGCAACUGAACAAUCUGGCCCUGCUGUGCCAGAACCAAGGCAAAUAUGAGGAGGUGGAGUACUAUUACUGCAGGGCCCUGGAGAUCUAUGAGAGCUGCCUGGGUCCUGAUGAUCCCAAUGUAGCCAAGACCAAGAACAACCUGGCCUCCUGUUACUUGAAGCAAGGCAAAUACAGUAAUGCAGAGGUGCUGUACAAGGAGAUCCUUACCCGUGCUCACGUGAAGGAGUUCGGCUCUGUGGAUGAAGAACACAAGCCAAUCUGGAUGCAUGCAGAGGAGAGAGAGGAGAUGAGCAAGAGCAAGCACAGAGACAGUGCUCCCUACGCCGAGUAUGGUGGCUGGUACAAGGCCUGCAAGGUUAGCAGCCCGACUGUGAACACCACUCUGAGGAACCUGGGUGCGCUGUACCGGCGCCAGGGCAAGCUUGAGGCGGCGGAGACCUUGGAGGAGUGUGCAGUUCGCUCUCGGAGGCAGGGCAUUGACCCAAUCAACCAGACGAAGGUGGUGGAGAUCCUGAAGGAGGGUGAUGGCACAGAGAGACGUCGGAGCCUGGGUGGCAGCGUCAAGUACGAGAAUGCCACAGACGGUAGCGAGGAAGUGAGUAUGGGCGUGGAAUGGAGCGGGGUAAGUACAAGACACCAUCAAGAAUGGCCUCAGCUGGCUGCUGGAGGGAAGGGACAGCCUGGCUCAGGGCUCUCCCCGCGUGGCCUGUCGUGGCAUCCUUGUCUACCUCCAUUUGUUCCCUGCAUACUUCCUUCUCCUCUUUCUUGGCAUGAGCCAGCCCACAAAGGUGCGCGUCUGGUCCUGGCUUGUCGUGUACAGGCCAGGCACUCUGAAGAGUUCUCACUUCUAGGGGGCUUCCAGUUCCUGGCAGUGCACAGCAUGAGCUGGUCCUGGCCUGCCCUUAAUCUUAGCCUUGGCAACCUUAUUAACACCUCUCCCUGCUGCUCUCCUCUUGAGGCUGUGGCUGAGUGUCAGCCCCAUCUCAGGCCCACACAGCCUCUGUGAGCAACUUGCCUUUCUGUCCUGCAGCGCACCACAAGUGAUGCUGGGUCUGGGGAGGUGUGUGUGUGCGUGCGUGCGUGUGUUUGGUGGGGCUGUGACUGUGUCUGCAAUGUAAGGAAAUAGUCCACAGCCAACACCUUUACUGUCCUCUUGUGGUCUUGUGCCCCUCCUGUGGGCUGUGGUCAAACGGGUUGGAAAAGGCAGGUUUUCUUGGGAUGCCUGGCUGGGCUGACCAGCGGUGUCAAAAGAGGCUGCUGUUAGCUGAGGCUUAUUCAGGGUGACCCAAGCUUACUGUUCUUGCCCUGAGACUGAAGGGCACUGUGGUCACUAGUACUGAGUUUGGAGGAAGGUAGCGGUCCAGGUCUGGGACAGGUGGUUUCUUCAAGGAGGAGGAUGGAGAAGAGGCAACAAGUGAGCAUGGUGCUGGUGGAUGCUUGGCUUGAGGGCUGCUGGAGCUGUUAAUGCUUACCAUUCUUCCUGCAGACUCUGGCUGAGAGUGUAGUGUAGCUGGCACCUAGGGCUGGCUGCAGCCUGGCAUAAGCAAUGCACUGAGCAUGAAUCCUCUACUCCCCCUCACAUCUGCUGUCACUAACCCUUCCCCACGUGGCCAUCCUCACCCGCAUGAGCUGUUCCCCUUCUUCCUUCCUCUUCCCUGUUGCCAUGACAGCCCCUCAACAUCCAAACCUAAAGCCUGGCUCUCUUGAUUGUGGAUUGUACCCCGAAGGUGGCUGGAGAGGGCCUGGGGAGCUGAGCUUUGAAGGGGCCCAGCAGCUCCUCCAGAUGCAAGGCUGUUCUUUGUCUCAGCUAUUCAUCUUCAAGGGUGAAGAGGGUCUUAUUCCUGGCCCUCAUGUUCCCUGUUAGUAGAGGGGGGAGAGUGGAGGGAGGAGGGCUGCAUCACUGGAUUAGGAUCACCCAGUCCCUGACCUGGUUGGUGACUGCAGCACCUCCUGGCUGUGGUUGGCAUUGGCUGAUUGCUUUCUGCAAUGCAGCAUAGGCCUUGCUGCUGGCCUCUGAGCUAUCAGCCGAAGGCAAGCAGACAGUGUCACCCUCUCCUGCAGCCUUGACCCAGCAGAUGGGGAUAUCCCCUGCACCUACGAUUCUUUCCCAAGGGGCUUGUCAGGGCUGCCCACAGUCAGCUGUAUGGAAGGGGCUUGGGGGGGCUAACUCAGCACCCUAGGGAUAUGGCUGCUGUCAUGUGGUGCUUGGUGCUCUUCCUAGCUGGCUGCACACACAGCCAGCUCCCUCUGCCCAGCCAGCACCCUGCAGCUCCCCCCUGGAGAAGGCUGGGGCAGCUCCCUCUUCUGUUACAGUCAGUCGUUCCUUGCACCGCUGUGGAGAUCUUGGGUUGUAGUGCCCAGGCCCACCUCUGUUGCCAUCCCUUUAGCUAUCAGCUGCUGCAGAAAUAGCUCUGGAUGCCCCAAGAACACCAGUGACUGUACCCUGCUGCCCAGGGUAGCUCUAGAAACACCCCAGGGCCUGACCGAGCUAUUUGUGGCCCAGUUAAAAUAUGAGCUUGCUAAUUUAGCUUCACCACCCUCCCUCCCCACCUAAAAGUGGCCCAUGGUCACUGCAUGCAGCCUGGGACCUGACCCACCAGCUCCCUGGACUACCUGCAACCUCAUGGGCUUGUAAACUUUGUCUUUCUCCUUUCUGUGCACUAGGCUUAAAUGCCUCCCGAGACUCCCUCUUUCCCCUCCACCGCAAUCAAUCACCUGGAUGUUUGUGUUGUAUCUUCCAACUUUAUCCUCCACACCAUCCCUCCUUCCUCGGCAAGGACUCCACGCCAGUCCCCCAACCCUCCCGGCGCGUGAGGGCACCACAGCACCUGCAGAGGAGUGCCUGGGGCUUCGUUCCAGUCCCAUGGCCAGCAAGAGCAGGAGGAAUCUGCAUGGAGCUGCCUGCUCCCCCCUGGUCAGGGUGGUGGGCCACCAUCCCCUUGUGUGCCCUCACCUCCCAGCCUGCCCUUGCACAGCUCUGGGGACCAAGCCUGCAGGGGAUUGUCUUCAGGUGUAUUGACUCCACCAUCAUUAGGCAUCCUGAACCCUCAUAGCUUGUUCCCUCCAUCUCUGCAGAGGCCAGGAUGGAGGUGUGAAGAUGGGAGGGCUGUUUAGGGACACAGAGGCCCAGCCUUGGCAGGACUGUUGUGUGCCCAGUUAUUUUCUUCCCUGUAGGCAUAGCUGAUGUUAGUGCCCUGUAGUGAACCUGCGCUGACCACCAAUGAGUUGGGCUCUACCUGCAGCACAGGGCAGCCUCCCUCUUGCUCUCCUCCUCCUGCUGAGCUCUGCAGCUUAGGGCCAGCACGUGGAUCUCUGCAGGGCAUGGGGACGGAGGGUGGCCCAUAGCUACUGCGCAUCUGAGCUGGGACUGGGAGUGACAGUCAAGGGCUGUGCAUCAGACAGGGAUGUGCAAGGGCAAGUGUGCACUGUUGCCAACUCCUGACCUGAUACUGUAGCUGAGUUUCUUGCUUGGUGGUGUUAUCGGCUGCCUGUUGCUCCAGGGUAGUUGGUUGUGUGCCCUGAGAGAAGAAGAGGUGAGGGUGAAGCUAUAUGCUGUUUCUUGGAGGCAGAGGGAAGAAGGGUGGGAGGAGAGCAGAACUCUUCUGUGAUCAGUUAGAAGUGGCUGAGAUGGAGAACAGGCUGGUUUGAAGUAGAGCAGGUGAGAGAAAAAGGAGGUGCAGAGAAGGGUGUGAGGAAAGGAAGAGCUGGGGCUUGGGGUGUUCCAAGCAUGAGUGGGAGAUGAGCUGGCUGAAGGGGGAUUUGUGCAGAAGGUAAGGCUUUCCAGGGAAGAACAGGCCACAUUGCUCAGGGAGGAGUUGUUGAACACAGGACGUGGCUUACGAGGUGUGGCCCUUGGGGUUGUGACUUGCUGUCCUUCCUCGUGUAGAGGGCAGGAUUGUCACUCUGUUGCUCCCAGGGAGGCAGUGUUGGCCUGGGCUUCGUGAGGGUGGCUCAGUGCCUGUGAUGGGACUCCACCAGAGUGCUGUCAGUCACUGCUGAAGAAGGGGAUGUUUCCUAAGGCCUUGAGCCUCAUGGCCUCAGAUGCAGACCUUCAUCCUACCUCCUAUAAGAGGUGAGCCUGGGGAGGCUGCAGGCAGCAGGACAGAGCCUACAGGUCAGCGCAGGAUUCCCCCCCUCCCUUAUUUAUUUAAGUAGGUAGUUUCUCUCAUGCUAGUCGUCUGGUAGGCUGUAAUAAUAAAUGUGCUUGUGUCUGUCUGGGCCUGGCUUUCCUGUGGUGAUGCAGAGGCCUCGGGGCACUUGCAUACUGCUCUCCUGGGAACUGGUGCUUGCUGAAAGGAGAUCUAGGGGCUUAGGGCUCUAGGGCCGUGCCUUCCCUGCCCCUCUCUCCUGCUGCUGCUCCAUGGUGUUGGAGCAUGGUGAGUCCCCAGAGUUCAGGCCUCAGCACCACCUGCCUCUGCUUUGCCUGCCAUGGACCUGGUGCUGUAACAACUGUACCUGUGAUUAAAGGGAGACAGACCUGAA